AUGAUACACUUUUACCGUUCCCCUGGGGCGUUCUUUAUGCAUUGGCUUAUUCUGGUGCUCCUCGCGACGUUGGGGUACUCAUUCGGGUUGAUGUUUGCGACGUUCUUUGAAUCGGCGACGACGGCCUUUGCGCUUGUGCCGAUGAUUUUCCUCCCGCUAUUAAUUGUGGCUGGACUGUUCGCUAACACCAAACGACUGGUUCCCUACUGGGUGUGGCUGAAUUACCUCUCGUUCCCGCGUCAUGCGUACCUCGGUGUGUUUACGAAUGAAUUCAGGCGGCUGGACGUCAUCUGUGACCCCGUCACGCCGCACUGCGCUUACCCCAACGGCGAGGCCGUCAUUGAACAGUUUGGCUUCGAGCACUGGCACCCUUGGCAAUCGGUUGUGGCGCUGAUCGUGUACCAAUUGGGCCUCGCCGCGAUCGGGUCCAUCUCGCUUUACAUCCAUGGCGCGAGGCGCCGGGGGAGGUUGGCCUUCGUAAAGAAUCUUGACUCCCGUGUGGCGUCGCCCCGUGCGAUCGCCUCCGCACGGAGCAACGACGAGCUGUCGGACUCCGACGUGACGCCGAUGGACGAGAUUCCGACGCCCUCCGCCGCAUACACUGAGGCGUCGCACCUCGACGAGGGCGGCCCCUCGCAUCCUGCGAAUGACGCUGUGGAGUUGACCCGCCUCAACACCGCCGCGCCCAAAGCGAACAGGGGUGUGUAG